AAUACACUCAGUUGUUUGUAAUGCACUAUUGUAUACCCAGAAAUUUACAAAGACUGUGUAUAAGGAGGUCUGUUGUGGUUAUUUUCAUUGAAUUUCAAAAAAUAUAACACUCAACUAGCACAGCACUGUGGGGCACCCAAAUUGUGCUGAAUUUUGACAUGCCAAAAUUUGAUGAACAAAUAAAUAUGAAAUGUGACACCUGAUCCCAAGAUACCAUAUUCUGUUAAAAUAUCUACCCUGGAGACAGAAACAAAAAAACAUUUCCAAUGUCCCUUGCUUUACCUUUCUUGAUCCUUCAAAAUAAAUGCAAACGUAGAUUUCUUAUUUAAAAAAAAACACCACCACAGACUGGGUAUCUUGUAAACAAAAGAAAUUUAUUUUUCACAAUGAAAAUAAUUCCAUUCAUUAUAGCACCCAUAGUAAUGUCAUCACAAAAUUUGCAAGCCUUGUUUAAAUAAAAUCAUAACAUUUUGAGAAAAAUAAGAGACUCAAUAAAUGGCGAUGCUUACUAUAUUCCUAGAUAUAACUGAAUUUUUGUAUAAGAUAUAAACUGUAGAUUAGCCCCAAAUACACUUAAAGGUUGAUGUAUUCAUUUCCUGUGGCUGCUACAAAUCACCACUAAUUUGGAGGAUUUAAAACAUCACAAAUUUAUCUCCUUACAGUUGUAGAAGCCAGAUGCCUGAAAUCAGUUUGAGCCAAAGUCAAGGUGCUGGCAGGGCUGAGUCCUUCUGGGGGCUCUGAGGGAAAAAAGCUAUCCCUCCCCUUCUCCAGCUUCUAGCUAUUGUUUGACUAUAUUCCUCAGCUGUGGCCCCUCCCAGCACCUUUAAAGUGACCACCCCAGUUUCUGCUUCCUGCAUCACAUCCCCCUCUCUUCACGUCAAACAAGCCUCUUAUUCCCCUCUUAUAAGGACACCUGUAAUUAUAUUUAAAGCACACCUGGGUAAUCCAGGAUAAUCUCCUAAUCUCAAAAUCCAAAAAUUUAAGCAUACCUGCGGAGUGCUUUUGCCCUAUAACAUUUACAGGCUUCAGUGAUUAAGACCUGGAUAUCUCUGGAGGCCACUGUUUAACCUACCUCACAAAAUUCCAAACAGGAACUUUUAAGAUAUUUAAUGAAUUCACUCAAAAGCUCAAUUGUACUAUCUGUAGUACCUAGCAAUCUCUCUAAGUCUCAUUUGCCUUUCUGUAAAGUGGACUUAAUAAAAGGACCUUGCACAGUCAAAUUCAGACUCACAUCUGGACUAGUAUUAAUGUAUAGGGACCACCUAACUCGUCUUGCUUCCAGCCCUCCACAGCUUCAAACUCAUCAUUCACGUUGCAAGCAGAAUUAAUUGCCUAAACUGGAAUCUAAGGUUUAGGUUUUGGCUCCACUAGUUGGGUGACCUGGACUCAGUGGUGGUUCCAGAAUCUCAAUACAGGAUGUAGUUUAGGAGAGGAAUUGGCUAGAAGAGGGGACUCAGGAACUUGCCAUGAAACUGUGUUUGUGUAAUACACAUGCUGGUUUUACUGACAGCACAUAUUUAUUUGGGUGGCUUGCUUACAUCCUCCUAAGGCCAAUGUACCUGUCUUGGUGCAUUCAGGCUGCUAUAGCAAAAUACCACAGACUGGGUAUCUUGUAAACAAAAGAAAUUUAUUUUUCAUAGUUCUGGAGGCUGGGAAGUCUAAGAUCAAGGUGCCAGCAUGGUUACAGCCUAGUGAAAGCCCUCUUCCUUCAUAGCCAGCACCUUCUCAUUGUAUCCUCAUAUGGUGGAAGGGGCUAGGGAGCUCUGUGGAGACUCUUCUGUAAGAGCAUUAACCCUGUUCAUGAGGGCCCCACCCUCCUGUCUAAUCAACUCCCAAAGUCCCCACCUCCUAACACCAUCACAUUGGGCAUUAGGCUUCUCACAUAUGAAUUUAGAGGGGAUAUAAACAUGCAGCCUUCACCCCUCUAACCUGUUUCUCCAUCUAUAAAAUGGAAGUAGUACAGUACAGACCUCAUAGGGUUACUGUGAGGACUAAACACAAAUGUAGUAUAAUGGAUGCAAGUAUCCUGGCUCAGUGUCUAGCACACAGUAAGGCACUCAACAAGUUUAUUAUUAUGUCACUCCUCUCCUCAAAGCUCUAUGAAUGACUUCCUAUUGGCUACUGAAUAAAAUCCAGGGUCCUCUGAGAACUAUCUAGCCACAGACUAUCUCUCCAGCUUUCUCUCUUCCAACAUUCAUCCAUGGGGAGUCUCUCAUUAAUGAUAAGAGCCUCACUGUUUAUAGAGCAACACCCCCAACGUCAGCUCACUCCUUCAGUCCCUCAGGUCUCUGCGCACACAUCAUCUCAUCAGAGCAGCCUCUCUGACUGCCCUCUACAAGAGUUCCCAUGCUCACUAAUCCACUCACUGGCAACUUCAUAACCCUCUGAACACUCUACUUUUCUCCAUCCCACUCCAUAGAUAAGUAGACUUAGCUAGAAAUUAUUUUCUGUGUCUCCCUACUAGAAAGUAAAUUCCAUGAAUGUAAAGAUUCUGUUUUGUGCCCAGUUGUAUGUGUAUACUCAGCUCCUAGAACACUAUUCAGCACAUAGCAAGUGCUCAUAAAUAUCUGUUGUAUGAAUAUUUACACAGAAGUUCUUUAUUAUGUUUCCUCAACCUAUGAUGCCCUCUCCACAUUACCACCUAUCAAAAUUCUACUCAUCCUUCAAAGCUUACUCAAUAGGCCUCUGUGAAACUCCUAAUUCCCCCAGUAGAACUCUUUGCUCUAUCAAAUGUUACAUGAUUAUAAUUUGAUUUAGCUCUCAUUUUAGUCUAUCUUGUAAUUUGUAUUAUCUUGUUUUUUGCUUCUACUUCUAGAUUGCAAGCUCCUGAAGGACAGGGUCUGUGUCUCACCUUUUUAUCAUAUACCAUGCCACCUCACCAUCUCAUUUUUCUCCAAUUCCACUGCCAAAUUCCCCACCUCUCACCCAUUACCUGAUAGUACCACACCGUCACCAAAGGGACACAGGUUAAUAUUCGCUUAGUUGUUUGAAGGGAAGGAUGUUCCAAAGUGAAAAAAUAGAAGCAGAUCCUAGGUUGUAUGAAAUGGUAUAGUUACAACUAUUUUUUAAGUAGAUGUAAAACUGCCAUACUUUAGAAGAGUUGGAGGGGAUAUAGUUAAAUUGUUUCUAUGAAUUGUAUCAAUAUGAUUACAGUUUGAAUAUAUUAGCCAGCAAAAUAUAGUAAAGUCUUCAUGUUUCAUAAAACUGAAGCUCAAACCAUUCUAGCUGAAAGCAAGAGAAAACCUUUUCUCUUAGCUAAGUGAUACCUUUUAGUUCCAGUAUGGUUCUUUAUGACAUCACUGAGUUUAUCCCUGAGUCACUGACUGAUGUUACAAUGAUCCUCAGGGUAUAAAUUUCCUGACUGGGAAGAUGUCCCUUGUGUACUAACUAAUACUCAGAGCAUUUCUACUGUCUCUGUAACCUCAGUGUUUUGGCUUUAGAUUUUUUUAUUUCUAAUUGAGAAGAUGUCCGUUCAAGGACUAUCCCUGAUUUUUCCACUGUUGUUUUUCUGUUUCUUUGGAGAGAGCCUCUGCACUUCUGAUGGGAUUAUAUGGAGAAGGAUUGGAUGGGAGAUUCUUCCAGAAGAAAUGUCCUCUCUGAAAUUUGAGCUUCCUCAAUUACACUGUUUACCUUACCCUCUGGACAAACUAAGCUACGAUUUUGCCGAUAUGGAUAUAUUUCAGACUUGUUUAAAACUUUGUUUUAUUUUAAUACAAGCUCUCUUUUUAAUCCUGCCUGUCUUAUCUGCGCGUUACCUGUGGAUGAAAUGGAAGAACUACAAGGAAAAGGUAAAUUAGUGAUGCAAGUAGUAAUAGUCACAGAAUGUCAGUGAGUUUAAAACAUAAGAUUAUCAGCUUCUUUGAGGAAAAGUGCCAUGUGUUAUUCCUCUUUGUAACCUCUACCAACCCAGCUAUUCAACCCCACCAUCUAGCAAAGUGUCUUGCACACACUAGAUGCUCACAAAUGCGUACGGAAUUAGAAGGAUCCUAAAAUAACCUAGUCCAACUCCUCUAUUUCAACUUAUAAAACAUAUCAAGAGGAGGAGCCAAGAUGGGGGUAUGAGGAGGGCAGCGGAAAUCACUUCCCAAAACCAUAUAUAUUUUUGAAAAUACAACUAUUCCUAAGAGACCAGAAGAUACAGCACAACAGCCAGGCUACAUCUACAUCUGUGAGAACCCAGCGCCUCACGAAGGGGGUAAGAUACAAGCCGCAGCCUUGCGGGACCCGAGCAUGCCCCCCACCCCAGCUCCCAGAGGGAGGAGAGGAGUCGGAGUGGGGAGGGAGAGGGAGCCCAGGACUGCUAAACACCCAGCUCUAGCCAUCGGCACCAGAGCGCAGACACACAGUGCAUGGUGUGCUGGAUAUUAGGGAAACGGAACAGUAAAACCUGCGAUUGGGUCCCCGUAGCCGGUGCCCCUGGGACAAAAGAAAAGAGAGUGCUUUUUGAAAAUCUUAAAAGGACAGGGGCCUCACUGCUGGACGGAAGUGUCCUGGGACACUUAGCCCAGCAGCUGGGAAUCCCCAGGAACUCCAGGUGCCCUAAUCCCCUGGGAGGCAGCGCAGCUCUGAGGCCCAUCACAGAGAUAAACAGCCUCCCGUCCAUUCCCCCUCUGCGCGGCCCCACUAUAGUACGGGAGCAGCCUGAGAGCGGCUGUGCCCACAGCAGCCACACAGAGCCUCCUCCGCAGCCACCCGGGCCAGACUCACAGGCCCCAUCGACACACAGCUAACCAGCACAAACCGCUAGGGAUCACUAUUCUCACAGGAGAGGAAGGCAACCAUCAAGCGGGAAGGACUUUGUUCUCCCAGCUGACACACGCGCCAACUGCCCACGACUACCUCUACCUCCAUAAAAAGGCAGAAUAAUUUGAUCCACACAAGAAUAACCCAGACAACCCCUGAGAAGGAGCCUGGGGAGAUAGAUUUAACCAAUCUUCCUGAAAAAUAAUUCAAAAUAAAGGUCAUAACCAUGCUGAUGGAGCUGCAGAGAAAUAUGCAAGAGCUAAUGGAUAAAGUUGGGAGGGAGAAUACAGAAAUAAAACAAUCUCUGGAAGGGCUUAAGAGCACACUGGAUGACGUCCAAGAGGCCGUUAAUGGAACAGAAAUUAGAGAACAGGAAUAUAGAGAAGCUGACGCAGAGAGAGAUAAAAGAAACUCCAAGAAAGAAAGAAUAUUAAGAGAACUAUAUGACCAAACCAAACG